AUGAAUCUCACAGUGAUCACAGAAUUCAUCCUCCUCGGCCUGUCUGAUGAUCCUGACCUUCAGGUUGUGAUUUUCCUCUUUUUAUUAAUCACAUACAUAUUAAGUGUCACUGGAAACCUGACCAUCAUUGCUCUGACUUUGGUGGACUCCCAUCUGCAAACACCUAUGUAUUUCUUCCUCCGGAAUUUUUCGUUCUUGGAACUCUUAUUUACAACUGUCUGUAGGUUUUUGGGGGCAAUUGUCACCCGGGAUUAUAACAACUGUGCAGCCCAGCUCUUUUUCUUUAUCUUCAUGGGUGUGUGUGAAUUUUACAUUCUAACUGCCAUAUCCUAUGACCGCUAUGUUGCGAUCUGCAAGCCUCACUACACAAGCAUCAUGAGCAGGAAACUCUGCACCCUGCUUGUGCUGUGUGCCUGGCUGGGCGGGUUUUUGACGGUUUUCCCACCCCUUAUGCUUUUGCUCCAACAGGAUUAUUGUGCUUCCAAUGUCAUUGAUCACUAUGCCUGUGACUACUUUCCUCUCUUACAAUUGUCUUGCUCAGAUACGUGGCUCCUAGAAGUGAUUGGUUUCUAUUUGGUUACUCUGCUAUUCACUUUGGCACUGGUUAUUUUAUCCUACAUAUACAUUAUCAGGACUAUUUUAAGAAUUACAUCUAUCAUUCAGAGGAAAAAAGCUUUCUCCACCUGUUCUUCUCACAUGAUUGUCAUCUCCAUCUCCUAUGGCAGCUGCAUAUUCAUGUAUGCCAACCCCUCUGAAAAAGAAAAGGCAUCAUUGACCAAAGGAGUAGCUAUCCUCAAUACUUCUGUUGUCCCCAUGUUGAACCCCUUCAUUUACACCUUAAGGAACCAGCAAGUAAAACAAGCAUUCAAAGAUGUAGUACACAGACUAGUGUUUUCUGUAAGCAAAUGA